AUGGUUGACAAGCCCAUGGUCAUAAAGACCGCCGUUGUCACUGGCGCAAGCUCCAGGAUGGGGCUAGCUCUUGGGCAUCACCUCCUGGCCAACGCAGGUAAUGGCAACAUCAAGGAGCAGUGGAGGGUCGUACUGGCUGACAUCAACGAGGCAGGAUACGAGGAUAUCGAAUCUACGCUGCAACAUGAUCUUCACAUCUGUACCGAGCAUCGCGCCGCUCUUACCCACUACCUUUCUGAGAACUUCAACGUGGUUGAGCUCGUCAUCACCCUACCACUCCUCAUACUUCGAUGUAAUGGUACGCCUCCCCCGCCAGACAAGCGGUCUUUCUCCGUUGCGGCCUGUAUCGCCGUAUGGAUCAGGUUUGACGAACCGGUGCCAUGCCUCCUGGCAGGAAACAUAUCGACCAAUGAUGAUUUAGAAUGUGAGAUCAAGUUAGAUGAUAGGCUUGCAGCAGAUUUAAUGCCCUGUGGAAUGCCUAAAGCCGAGACCUUAUUCGACAUUGUGACCCGCUACUUCAACGGAGCAAUAGCGGUUUCCCUCAUCUGCAACACUCUUGUCGUGGAGUUCCCUGAGAUGGACCUUGAGUCGCGGAAGAACAAGAUAGUUGAGUUGCCACACGGCUGCCAAAAACUCCUCGGUUGCAUGAAGUAUUCAAACGAGCCACUCACCAAUACAGAGUUUGGACGCCCCAAAAAGCCUGAUGCAAUAUAUUUGUCUGGUCUUCAAGAAGACGAUUCCGAUUACCUUCAGACUUAG